AUCAGUCCUACCAGUUUCAGCGGGUGGUACGUACUUUUCUAUAUCACAGUAUUUUUUUUGUAGUGGGAAUGGAUUGUUUGACUCUUACAGUUCGGGUGACCUCUUGUAUUUUAUUAAAUAGGUCUACUUUAUAUCUCAAUUUCAUGAAACUACAGACUAUUAUGGUGGGUAUUUCAGGAGAACCACCAUGGGACUCAGUAAGUGCAUAUAAAUUUACCAGAAAUAAAACUAUAAAAAGCAUACCAGAGUCAGGGGGUAAACACUUGAGCUUCCUACCAACAGACUUCUGGCGGGUCUCUUCCACUACGCACACUGCAAGCAACAAUCGCCACUACAAGCUUCUGAAAAGGAGACUUCUGGCGGGUCUCUUCCACUACGCACACUGCAAGCAACAAUCGCCACUACAAGCUUCUGAAAAGGGGCUAAUAGGAAGGAGAAACAGGCUCAGAGGAACACUCACGUCCUACAUGGGGCUGCUGCAUGGUCGGCCUGAGGAGGAAAGGGCAGCAGCAAUGAUUACCUGGAGAGAUGAAAGAAAUAUAUUGCAUGAGUAACAGGAGGAGGCAGUGGACACUUACUGAAACGAUAAUUACUCCCGGUGAGGUCUACUAGCAUUGGUUCUGAGGGUGCUAUGAACUUAUCCUUAAAGCCCGCUGUGAACUCACUGACCGUUUCCCUUCGUGUCUCACAACACAAAGGGGCAGUCACAGCCUGCCCUCGAAAGACAACUCUCUUCCUUCACACAAAACUACAUGCACCUAGCUACACAUACAUUCUUCAUUCAA